UACAGGUUUCUUUAUAGCGCACUCUGACAGCUGUCAAACAUGAACGUCAUUAAAUUUGUCCUCGAUUAACCAACAAUGUAGUUAACUGCAACCAAAAUCCUUUGUUUUUCAACAUUACAACACCGCAAAGUUGUAACAUGACAAAAAUCACGGAGGUGAGUCAGGACUCCUCGAGCAGCUUCGGGGACACCACCGAGGAGACCCGCGUCCGCAAAUUCGCCAAACAUAUGCUCAAAAGCUCCCUUUUCAUCGGAACUUUCCUAGAGAAGCGAUUCGUGGAGCCUUUGAACGCCUACCGGGACGUGAUAAAGGUCGCAGAUGAUGAAAGCGACUUCAUCGAAAACCUGAAGGCUGUGAAGAAACGAUGCGCGCGAUUUUUUUUUAAAGACGUGUGGAUCGGCAUCACCGAGCCGUCGACCAUCGGGGCGCCGGCUGGCUAUAACUUGUGGGUGACUUUGGACGAGGAGGUUUUCGGGAGUUACUGGUACAAGAUAAAAAAUGUAGAAUUUCGUCCCAACGAAGUUAGGGUUAAAGUCGAGGUCGUACGACCCGUGUCUAGGGAAAAAACGCCCGUUCAUAACAUCACGCCGCAACAGAUUCUCGAGGACGUGUCUCACAGUGAUAUUAAAGGGUUGGGGCUCAAGCUAAAUAAUUUUUUUAAGGAGAGGUUUAGUGAUUUUUUUACGGAAACGGUGACGUGGGAAAAUAUUAAACAGACAGCGAUUUUUUUGUUUCUUCUAGUGUCUGCUCUUGUUACGUUCUUCGUACAUGCAAUUCAGUAUUUACUUGAUUAUGUUUUGAAGUUGGUGCAUGAAAUGUCGGGUUUUGUUAAAGUUUGCAGUCCCAUUAUUAUCAGCUUUAUGAAGCUGAUAAUGAAUACAAUUAAUGGGUUUUAUACGUUAAUUGCGAUUAUGUGGCGAGAUAGGUCACCGCCGAAGGUGAACCAAAACGUUUAUCAGAUUUCCCCUUUUGAGGCUCCAUAUUAUGGGAAUAUGAGAGCUCUUCCAUAUCAGAGUGGAGAUUUUGCUAGAGCUAGAGGUAACAGGAAUUACAGAUCUUCCGUUAAAAUAACGCCGUUAGAUUAAACAUGUGUGUAUUGUUGGGCACUAAACCGUUGUAGAUAAGCUUUUUGUGUAUUUAUUUGGCGUUUUUUUUGCGUAGUGGUAUUUCGUAGGAAAAAGCUUGGUCUGGAACUUCCUUCAAACUACACAGAACUGAAAUUGAGCAAUAGGUAUCAAUUUAUUUGUAUAUUUGUAAGAUUAAAUAUUUAAAAGGUGAAAGUAUGAAUAUUCAUAUUGUAUUUUUUAUAAAUGAGACUAUGCACAUGGUGAAAGCAAUAAAAUUAUGACUAAA